AAAAGAAUGAUUUAGAUUAUUUUUAUAAAAAUUAUAGUUAAUUUUGUCCAUGUAAGAAAAAUUAGUUGGAAUAUAUUCUCUCUCCUCUAAAUUCUCUAAAUUUGAGAAAAAGUGGUUGUUGAAGAAUUUAGCUCCUCUUCACUACUCUGCCUACUCCUCCUCGAGUGUUUCUAUAUAUACACACGAGCAACUCUCCAAUUCUUAAUACAAAAACCAAUCAACCAACAAAAAGUGUUAAAAAAAUGUCACCUUUAUUCUAUUACUCUUUCCUCUCUCUAACCUUCAUAAUAACCAUCAAAAUUUUACUCCAAACCCAAUCAAGAAGGCUAAAAAACCUUCCACCAGGUCCACCAACAAUCCCCAUAAUUGGCAACCUCCACCACCUAAAACACCCUCUCCACCGUACCUUCGCAACCUUGUCCCAAAAAUACGGCGACAUCGUUUCCCUUUGGUUCGGUUCGCGCCUAGUUGUCGUCAUCUCUUCGGCUUCUUUAGUCGAGGAAUGUUUCAUCAAAAACGACGUCGUUUUAGCAAACCGCCCACGCUUCUUAACAGGAAAAUACAUCUUCUACGACUACACCACCUUAGGGUCAGUUUCUUACGGGGACCAUUGGCGUAACCUACGCCGUAUAACAACCAUUGAUGUUCUCUCUAACAACCGUCUUACCUCUUUUUUGGGAGUUCGGACAGACGAAGCAAAUAGACUUAUACAAAAUAUUAUAAAGCAUGGGGCUUCUAGAGAUUUUAUCAAAGUGGAACUCCGGUCGAUACUGACGGAGAUGACGUUUAAUGGUAUGAUGAGAAUGAUAUCGGGAAAACGGUAUUACGGAGACGACGGAGACGUGACGGAAGUCGAAGAAGCUAAACAGUUUAGGGAAAUAAUAAGUGAGAUAUUGUCGCUGUUAGGUGCUAAUAACAAGGGUGACUUUUUGCCUUUGUUAAGGUGGUUUGAUCUUGAUGAUUUGGAGAAGAGGUGCAAGAAAAUUGCAAACAGAGCUGAUGCAUUUUUGGAAGGACUCAUUCAAGAACAUCGCAGCGCGAAUCAUGGUAAUGGAGAUACCAUGAUUGAUCAUCUUUUGAAGCUUAGUGAGGUGCAGCCUGAAUAUUAUUCUUCUCACAUCAUCAAAGGUCUUAUUCAGGCCAUGCUUCUUGCAGGAACGGACACAUCAGCACUAGCUAUAGAAUGGGUGAUGUCUGAAUUAUUAAACCAUCCAGAAGUGUUGAACAAAGCAAAGGAAGAAAUAGAGACUCAAGUUGGAAAAAACAAGAUAAUAGAUGAACAAGAUUUACCAAAACUUCCAUAUCUCCAAAACAUAAUCUCUGAGGCACUUAGGUUACAUCCACCAGCACCAUUACUUUUACCACAUUAUUCUUCAGAGGAUUGUACCAUUGGAGGAUUCAAUGUUCCAAAAGAUACUAUAAUUUUGACUAAUGUUUGGGCCAUUCAUAGAGAUCCAACACGUUGGAGUGAUGCUUUGAGUUUUAAGCCAGAGAGGUUUGAAAAAGAAGGGGAAGUGAACAAAUUGAUGGCGUUUGGGAUAGGAAGAAGAGCCUGUCCUGGAUUGAGCUUGGCUCAACGUACGGUGGGCUUAACUGUGGGCUUGUUGGUUCAAUGCUUUGAGUGGAAAAGAGAGAGUGAGGAGAAACUUGAUAUGAUGGAGGGUAAAGGUAUUGCCAUGCCUAAAAAGAUCCCAUUUAAGGCUCUGUGUAAAGCACUACCUAUUGCCAAUGAUCUUAUGAAGUGAUGAGUGAAUUGCAUCUUUUUUUUCUUCUACUUGAGGAGAAGCUAGCUUGAAUGUUAUAUUUUAUAUGGAUAUGUCAAACUCUAAGCUAUCUAAUAUUGAGAAUAAACUAUGUAUUUUAAUAAGUUUGCUUUAAUAUUAAAUAUUAAGCUUUGUAUGCA